UUUUGAGUUUUGUUUGAUUUGUAAGUAGUUUUAUUGUACUAAUUACUAUUUGUUAAAAGGUACCAUCAAAAACUUAAAAGUACUAAUUACUAUAAGUAUUUUUUGUUGGUUAGGUAGAGAAUUUUAUGUUGCAAAAACUAAGAGAGAAAUGAUCAACAAGACCUACUUCUUGUAACUUAGGUUAGCUUGCUUCCAUGUGUUCGUAUUUUUUAUGAGUAGAGUUAUUUGUUACUCGUUGAUGGUGGUGGAAUAUGACAGGUAUCUCGUGGAAUUAGUCGAGUUUUUAGUUCAAAUAACUUCGCUUGCUUUCAUAGAGUUACCUUGUCGAUGGUCGCAGGUAUUUCAUGAAAUUAAUUGACUUUUUAGUCCAAACAACUUAGCUUCCUUCCUUAUAUGUGCUAUCUUGGUAGAGAGAGUUACUUGUUACCCUUCCUGGUGGAAGAGUGCAGGUAUCUCGUGAAAUUAGUCGAGAUACGCGUAAAAACAAAGUUAACUUAGCUUAAUCAGGUAAAUUUGCCCAUUUCUCUCUAAUUUUUUUUUUUGGUUUUAGGCAGAGUGAAGCUUGCUAGCUAGUAAGAAGUUGUCAAGUCAAAAUCAAGAAUGAAAAGGGAGUUAAAUGAUGUUUAUUAUGGUGGCAACAAAGAAGAUGUGCAUGGAUUUGAGAAUAUUAAUAUGGUGCCUACUGAUUUUGAUCCUAUGGAUGAUACAGAUAUUUGGUUAAAUGGAAAUUUCUCUAAUGAUUUUACUUCUCUUCAAGAUUUUCCAUGCAUGUCUUCUUCAUCAUCAACUUCCAAUUCCCUUCCUACUGAACAAUCUGAUCCAUCUUCUGGUUGGGCUGUUCAAAAAUCUGAUGCUGAUGAGCAAGAUUUCGACACAAUUAGUGAUCAAGAAUGUCUAAAUGUGAUGGAUUUAAUCGACGGGGAUCAUGAAUUUCUUGACCCUAUGAUAUCUUUUUUCAAUCAACAACAAAAAGAACAAGCAAAUGAGGAGCAAGUGUCUAUUUUUCAAGGGGAUAGUGAACUUGCACUAAUGUUUUUGGAUUGGUUAAAGCAAAACAAAGAUAACAUUUCUGCUGAAGAUAUGAGGAGUAUUAAGCUUAAACGUUCGACAAUUGAGAGCGCGUCGAAACGAUUGGGAAGUACUAAAGAAGGGAAAAAACAGUUGUUGAGACUCAUUCUUGAUUGGGUUGAACAACACAGGUUGCAAAAGAAACAAAUGAGAGAGGAACAGAGUAUCCAAAACUCUGCCCCUUUUAACUUUAAUAAUCCAAAUGCUUGCUUUUAUAAUGCCUCGUUCACCGAUUCGUCCUCUGUAAUGACAGGGCCAAUACAGGGGUACUUUGGUGAUCUGAAUUCUAAUGGAUCUCUAUUCGUGCCUCCGUAUAAUCAAACAAUGAGUGGAAGUUCAACUUCUCAGUCCUGGUCUCAGUCGCAAUUUAUAAUGGCGAACGCUUCUCAAUACAAUCGAUUUCCUGAGAAUAAUAUUACGAAUAAUGUUGCUAUACCUGAUCAGCCUUUAUUCAGUGCUCAAUAUGAUCAGUACCAAAUUUUCGAUGGGAGCGGUGAGAGAUUGGCAAGGUUGGGCACUUGUGCUACUAAAGAAGCCAGGAAGAUCAGAAUGGCUAGGCAGAGACGAGUACCAUUGCAUCAUUAUCGUCAUCAGACUCAGAAUCAAAGACAAAUUAGUAAUGAGAAAAGUGUAAUGAUGGGUAGAAAGAUUAAUAAUUGUGCAAUAUCUCAAGCUAACAAUCCAGGAAAUUGGGUAUAUUGGCCUUGUGCUGCUGCUGCUCCGCCAAUCGCCAUGGUACCAUUGGCUGAUACUCCGCAAUCACUUCCUAUGGAGAGGUCACCCGUGCAAUCACAGAAACAUCAGAAACACGGUUCAACAGACAAAAGACAGGCUUGCAAAACAGAGAAGAAUCUCAAAUUUCUCAUGCAAAAAGUGCUGAAGCAAAGUGAUGUUGGCCAUCUAGGAAGAAUUGUGUUACCAAAGAAAGAAGCAGAAAGUCAUCUCCCGCAACUUGAAACAAGAGACGGAAUCUCAAUUGCCAUGGAAGACAUUGGGACUUGUCGUGUUUGGAACAUGAAAUAUAGAUUUUGGCCAAAUAACAAAAGCAGGAUGUACCUUCUCGAGAACACAGGUGAUUUUGUCGUAGCUAAUGGACUUCAAGAAGGUGAUUUCAUAGUAAUAUACGCCGACAUAAAGUGUGGCAAAUAUUUGAUACGAGGGGUAAAAGUGAGGCCGAAUGGAGCAAAAUCAGAUGGCAUGCAGCCAGCAAAGAAAAUUGUUCGUAAAAUAGCUGCUGUUGCGUCAUCUCCAUUUGCACAAGCUGUUGGAUAGUCCAGGAAAAGAGAAAUCAAUCUCAAACAAGUGAGUUUGCUGUGAUCAUUUCUUCAUUCUUUCCUUUUUUUUUUACAAAUUAGUACUUCAUUUUGUUAAAUAGAAUUAUCUAUAGAUGACCCUGACUCAUGCAAAUGACAUGUUUAAGGGGUUCGUAAUUGUUUGCAAGGAUACUGUCACAUAUAUGUAUAUGUUAUAAUCUGAAUGUGUGGUAUCAUUUCCUUGCUUAUCAAUGUAAUGACCACCAUCGGUUGUAAUUUAGUUUAAGUUGAUAUACUUUGAGAUUUCAAAGAACUUCCGUGCUGUCUUAUUUGCUCUAGCUAGUAGCUAUGUAUGUAGGUGUCAAAUGGGUGGGGUUCGAUUGGAUUAGCUGGUCAAAAUUCAACUCGCGCGAUUAUUACCAAGUUAUAACUGUGUUAUUUGUUGUUUUAUAAAUUUUUUUAAUAUCUAAUAAAAUUAAAUUAUUUUUUCCUUAUUAUGGAUAGAUAUAAAACAUCAAAUAAAUAAAAGAUUGAUUUUUGAAAAUAUUUUGACAAAAUUUCUCAUGGAUUAAUUUGGGCGAGUUGUUAGACCAAAUUUUGAUGGGUGGAAAUGGCCUGAGUUAAUAAUUUGGCAGGUCAAUAACAAGAUUGUUUGUUUAGACGGAAUGAUCUUUUGGCUUUCCUUUACUUUCAUUUUAUUAGAUUGGAAUGAGGUUUAAACUCUCCUCAACACGGCUAAAUAUGAAAUCCGGCAACUUAAACAAGGACAGUGAAUCGAAAGAUUGUAAUUACCAUCAUAAUCAGUAAACAUGCAGAAAAUAGGAGGGGAGAAGGACUGGAGACAUAUAAAUUUGAAGCGGAAUCCAUAGGAAUUACAUAUGUAUAAUAUAUCAUAUUUUAUAAGGAUAACAAUUACAAUAAUAUUUUGAAGCUGAACAUCUACAACAAGAAAGAAA